CGUUUAUCUGGUCUGAAGGUUCAUAUUACCGCACUCACCCCCUCAGCUGUCUUAUGAUCUAUUUCUACCCUUCCCUUCUCUUUCCUUUACCACAUGGGGGUUGGUUUUUACUACGGCUGCAGCAAUGAGUUUAAUUAGAGGCCUUGUUUCCACUUUAUACUAUAUUCCAAAGAUUUAUAAAUGGUUUUAUCGGCCAUAUUACCUGCUGUCACUGCUGAUGACCCUGGCGUUUCCACUCGUGCGUCGCUGUCCGGGACUGUGCGAGCAUUUGCCCUCUCAGAGAGAAGACAACAACUCAUGCGCCUUCGACUGGAGGGAGGUGGAGAUUUUAAUGUUUCUCAGUGCCAUUGUCAUGAUGAAGAACCGCAGAGCCAUAACAGUGGAGCAACACAUAGGGAAUAUAUUUAUCUUCAGUAAGGUGGCGAACGUGGUGCUGUUCUUCCGAGUGGACCUGAGACUUGGCCUUCUCUACCUCACGCUGUGUGUGGUGUUCUUGAUCACUUGUAAACCACCGAUCCACAUGGGCCCCGAGUACAUCAAAUACUUCAGUGACUCAACUAUAGAUGAAGAACUGCAAAGGGACGGCCGUGAGACAUGGAUUGUUGAGUUUUAUGCCAACUGGUCUCCAGAGUGUCAGUCAUUUGCCCCCAUUUUUGCUGACCUGUCACUCAAAUAUAGCUGCUUAGGACUCAAAUUUGGAAAAGUGGACAUUGGACAAUACGGAGCAGUUGCCGAGAGGUAUAAGGUAAACCCAUCGCCUCUCUGCAAGCAACUGCCCUCCCUGUUGCUACUGCAGGGUGGCCGAGAACUCAUGCGACGCCCUCUGGUGGACAAGAAGGGAUGGGCCGUUGGGUGGAGCUUCACUGAGGAAAAUAUCAUUCGAGAGUUCAACCUCAAUGAGAUAUUCCAAAAAUAUAAGAAAUUGAGCAAAGGUGAGAAGUCUGAGGAACCAAAGCCACCCCUGAGGGAGGAUCCAGAAGAAGAGGAGCUAGUCGGCCCUCAUGAGGAAGAGGAGGAGGAGCCUGAGAGCAAAAAAGACAAAUGAGACACAGAACUGAACUGACACAUGACUUCAGCAUCAUGAACCCAACACACACGUUCUCCCUUUUAACAGGGAAAACUUUUCCUGCUCAGUUUAACUGCGACUUUUAGUUGGAAAACAAUCUAAAAGGUAUGACAUUCAACACAUAAACCUGCAAUUUGCAAAGAGCCGUGUAUGCUUUCAUAUAUCACAUUGUGACCUCUGGCUUUUAUAGUAAAUGUAUUUAGUACAGUUUGAA